AGUUUGAAACGCGUACGAAACUCCAUCGGACCAAAAACUCUGGUUUUAGAAGGCCCAAUAUAACCGAAACACCUUGGCAUUGCGCCUGCUCUCCAUUUCUAUCGGCAGAGGAAGUGACUGAAAAAGUGUAGUUUCGGAAAAAAUGGAGAUAAUUCCGAUUCCAGCGGAAACAUACAGGAUAGGGUUCAUAGGAGCAGGAAAAAUGGCAGAAAGUAUAGCAAAAGGAGUAGUAGAAGCAGGCGUUUUACCUCCUUCUCGCAUCUCUACUUCUCACUCCAAUCCCAAACGCUGCUCUGCCUUCCAAUCCUUCGGCGUCAAAGUCCUCCCUCGAAAUCAAGAUGUUGUUGAAGAUAGUGAUGUGGUCAUAUUCUCGGUAAAACCCCAAGUUGUUAAAGAUGUGGUCUUGCAAUUGAGGCCUGUUCUCACAAAGAGGAAGCUUCUAGUUUCAAUUGCUGCUGGAAUUAAAUUGAAAGAUUUGCAGGAGUGGGCUGGUCACAACCGGUUUAUUAGGGUGAUGCCAAAUACUCCUGCUGCCGUAGGUGAGGCAGCAACAGUAAUGAGCUUGGGUGGAGCUGCAACUGAAGACGACGGAGAAUUAAUAGCUAAAUUAUUUGGAUCAGUUGGUAAGAUUUGGAAAGCUGAUGAGAAAUUGUUUGAUGCAGUCACUGGUCUAAGUGGAAGUGGUCCAGCAUAUGUAUAUUUAGCAAUCGAAGCUUUGGCUGAUGGAGGUGUGGCUGCAGGUCUACCUCGAGAGCUUGCCCUGAGAUUAGCUUCCCAAACUGUUUUAGGGGCAGCAUCUAUGGCUACAAAAACUGGGAAGCAUCCUGGUGAGCUUAAAGAUGAUGUUACAUCACCUGGAGGGACAACUAUAGCUGGAAUUCAUGAAUUGGAGAAAGGCGGAUUCCGUGGAGUGCUAAUGAAUGCUGUUGUUGCUGCUGCUAAGCGCAGCCGAGAGCUUUCUCAGAGCUGAAAGCCUGUCCAUUUCCAAUCUCCUUACACUCUAAGGUUGAUAUGCUGCCCCUUCUUUUCUUAACUAUUCUGAUUCUCAUCUCAGCGGGAGACCUGUUGGGCCUUUUUCAUUCCUUUCGGCCGAAAGGAUUUGCCAUAGAAUUGUUUUUUCCUUUUUCUUUCUUUAGGGUACUAUGCUUAAUUGCUUAGCAUUUUUUAAGAAAAUCCUGCAUUUUUGUCAAAAUACUUUUAUUCUUUUCAUAUUGUUUAUAUUUUUCUUUUAUAAUGUACUAUUAUAUUUAUUA